CGCCUCCACGCCGAGGCGAAGAGGUUCUAUCCGGGGCCUUGGCGCUUCUCUUUCCUUUCGCGCCGGUAGCCGCUGCGGAGUGCGGCGGGUCCAUGUGCGCAGUGACUGGCGCUAUUUCUAGCCCACUAGUACCCGUGCCCCGGGUUUGACCGAGUCCGCGCCGCGAUGGACCCUAACACCAUUAUCGAGGCCCUGCGGGGCACCAUGGACCCAGCCCUGCGCGAGGCCGCAGAGCGCCAGCUCAAUGAAGCACACAAAUCCCUGAAUUUUGUUUCAACACUGCUCCAGAUUACUAUGUCAGAACAACUGGAUUUACCUGUAAGACAGGCAGGUGUUAUCUAUUUGAAAAAUAUGAUAACACAGUAUUGGCCUGAUCGGGAAACGGCACCAGGGGAUAUAUCUCCUUACACUAUACCAGAGGAAGAUCGACAUUGCAUUCGAGAAAAUAUUGUAGAAGCUAUUAUCCACUCUCCUGAACUCAUCAGGGUGCAGCUUACUACAUGUAUUCAUCACAUCAUCAAGCAUGAUUAUCCAAGCCGUUGGACUGCCAUUGUGGACAAGAUUGGCUUUUAUCUCCAGUCUGACAACAGUGCUUGUUGGCUAGGAAUUCUCCUUUGUCUUUAUCAGCUUGUGAAAAAUUAUGAGUAUAAGAAACCAGAGGAGCGGAGUCCUUUGGUAGCAGCAAUGCAACAUUUUCUGCCAGUUCUAAAGGAUCGUUUUAUCCAGCUUCUUUCGGAUCAGUCUGAUCAAUCUGUUCUCAUCCAGAAACAGAUAUUCAAGAUCUUCUAUGCUCUUGUUCAGUAUACAUUACCACUGGAGCUGAUAAAUCAACAGAACCUGACAGAAUGGGUAGAAAUUUUGAAGACUGUUGUGAACAGGGAUGUACCUAAUGAAACGCUUCAAGUUGAAGAAGAUGAUAGACCUGAAUUACCAUGGUGGAAAUGUAAGAAGUGGGCUUUACAUAUAUUAGCCAGGCUUUUUGAAAGAUAUGGAAGCCCUGGCAAUGUUUCCAAGGAGUAUAAUGAAUUUGCUGAAGUAUUUCUGAAGGCAUUUGCUGUUGGUGUCCAGCAAGUUUUACUGAAGGUGUUAUAUCAGUACAAGGAGAAGCAAUAUAUGGCUCCUCGAGUUUUACAGCAAACAUUAAAUUACAUUAAUCAAGGAGUUUCCCAUGCACUUACUUGGAAGAAUCUGAAACCUCACAUACAAGGCAUUAUCCAAGAUGUUAUUUUUCCAUUGAUGUGCUACACAGAUGCUGAUGAGGAACUUUGGCAAGAAGAUCCUUACGAAUAUAUACGCAUGAAGUUUGAUGUCUUUGAAGAUUUCAUUUCUCCUACCACUGCUGCCCAGACACUUCUGUUUACAGCCUGUAGUAAGAGGAAAGAGGUACUACAGAAGACUAUGGGAUUUUGUUACCAGAUUCUUACAGAACCAAAUGCUGAUCCUCGAAAAAAAGAUGGAGCCUUGCAUAUGAUUGGCUCUUUAGCUGAAAUACUUCUGAAGAAAAAGAUCUAUAAAGAUCAGAUGGAAUAUAUGUUACAGAAUCAUGUGUUUCCUCUCUUCAGCAGUGAACUAGGCUACAUGAGAGCAAGGGCUUGCUGGGUACUUCACUAUUUUUGUGAAGUGAAGUUCAAAAGUGAUCAGAACCUACAAACAGCAUUAGAGUUGACAAGAAGAUGUCUGAUUGAUGAUAGAGAAAUGCCAGUGAAAGUGGAAGCUGCCAUUGCACUCCAAGUGUUAAUCAGCAAUCAAGAAAAAGCUAAAGAAUACAUAACACCAUUUAUCAGACCUGUUAUGCAGGCUCUUCUUCAUAUUAUACGAGAAACAGAAAAUGAUGAUCUUACCAAUGUAAUUCAGAAAAUGAUUUGUGAAUAUAGUGAAGAGGUUACUCCUAUUGCAGUAGAAAUGACACAACAUUUGGCAAUGACAUUCAAUCAAGUAAUCCAGACAGGGCCAGAUGAAGAAGGAAAUGAUGACAAAGCAGUUACAGCCAUGGGAAUUCUUAAUACAAUUGACACGCUUCUUAGCGUAGUUGAAGAUCAUAAAGAGAUAACUCAGCAGCUUGAGGGAAUCUGCUUACAAGUCAUUGGCACUGUUUUGCAACAGCAUGUCUUAGAAUUCUAUGAGGAAAUCUUCUCAUUGGCACAUAGUUUGACAUGUCAACAAGUGUCUCCACAGAUGUGGCAGCUGCUGCCCCUUGUAUUUGAGGUCUUUCAGCAAGAUGGCUUUGAUUACUUUACAGACAUGAUGCCUCUUCUGCAUAAUUAUGUAACAGUCGACACAGAUACACUUCUAUCUGAUACCAAGUAUCUUGAAAUGAUAUACAGUAUGUGUAAAAAGGUUCUUACAGGAGUUGCAGGGGAAGAUGCAGAAUGUCAUGCUGCAAAAUUGUUAGAGGUCAUCAUCCUACAAUGCAAAGGGCGUGGCAUUGACCAGUGCAUUCCCUUAUUCGUGGAAGCAGCUUUAGAGAGAUUGACAAGAGAGGUUAAGACAAGUGAACUUCGAACGAUGUGCCUGCAAGUUGCAAUUGCAGCUUUGUAUUAUAAUCCUCACCUGUUACUCAAUACAUUAGAAAAUCUUCGCUUCCCUAAUAAUGUUGAACCAGUUACAAAUCAUUUUAUUACACAAUGGCUUAAUGAUGUUGACUGUUUCUUGGGGCUUCAUGAUAGGAAAAUGUGUGUUCUGGGUCUCUGUGCUCUUAUUGAUAUGGAACAAAUACCACAAGUUUUAAAUCAGGUUUCUGGACAGAUUUUACCAGCUUUUAUCCUUUUGUUUAAUGGAUUAAAAAGAGCGUAUGCCUGCCAUGCAGAACAUGAGAAUGACAGUGAUGACGAUGAUGAAGCUGAGGAUGAUGAUGAAACUGAGGAAUUGGGAAGCGAUGAAGAUGAUAUUGAUGAAGAUGGUCAAGAAUACUUGGAGAUUUUGGCUAAGCAAGCAGGUGAAGAUGGAGAUGAUGAAGAUUGGGAAGAAGAUGAUGCUGAGGAAACUGCUCUGGAAGGCUAUUCCACAAUCAUCGAUGAUGAAGACAACCCUGUUGAUGAGUAUCAGAUAUUUAAAGCUAUAUUUCAAACUAUUCAGAAUCGUAAUCCUGUGUGGUAUCAGGCUCUGACUCAUGGUCUUAAUGAAGAACAAAGAAAACAGUUACAGGACAUAGCAACUCUGGCUGAUCAAAGAAGAGCAGCUCAUGAAUCCAAAAUGAUUGAGAAGCAUGGAGGAUACAAAUUCAGUGCUCCAGUUGUGCCAAGUUCUUUCAAUUUUGGAGGCCCGGCACCGGGGAUGAAUUGAGUUACCACUUUCUUUCCUGCUGUGUGGUUGUAGUGAAGAGCUUGUGUUCCUCCUUGUAGUGGUUCCAGAACUGGUUCAUGUUACCUGCUCUAAACUAAUUGAUCAAUAGAUGGACAAAAAAUAAGAAAGAAACCCAGGAGUUGGGACCUGAUCAUGCAACCUGGCACUGGACAAGAAACCCAGAGGGAUGGGGGUGGGUAACUAGUGGGUUGUUUUUUUUUUUUGUUUUUUUUUUUUUUUUUUUCUUUUUUUUUUUGUUUGUUUGUUUUUUGGGGUUUUUUGUUUUGAAGAAAGUAAGAUCCUGACUGAAGCUUCAAGUGACACUGUGGAAAAUCUGAAACAAGAGGGGAUGUCAUGAAGGCAGCUUUUCUUUUUCUGAGGAAAAAAAUAGACAUGGGCUACAGGACUAUUUAAAAUGUCUCAUUUACAGUAUAAAGCUCAGAGGUAGAUGUAAUUUUUACACCUAUGAGUAUUUGUCCAAUUUGUCUCCUUACCAUUGGGUAUCCUUUACAUGUAAAUAAGAUAAGGUAAUCUGAUAGCCUUAUUCUGUCUUCAUCACUUUCAUUCAUCAAGGAUUAUUCCUAUGUAGAUUAUUGGACAUUUAUUGUAGCACUACAUGACUGAUUUAAAAAUCUGUAAAUGAAUUAGCACUUUCAUAUUGAAACAAGCCUGCUAGCCUAUGUAUAAAAGCAAAAAUGUUUGCUGUUUAUAAAAGGGAUUAAUGGGGUGGGAGCAGGGAUAAUUUCAAGUUAUUUAAACAUGAACUGGCAAUUUUGUACCUAGUGACUUUGUGGUGCACUCACCUCUGAUAGUGACUUGAAUUCGGUAUGUAAAAAGGGGUUAGUGAUAUUUCAUUGCUGCUAAAAAUGGCAAUCCCUCUGUGUCCUGUUUUUUUAUUAAAGCUCUCAGUGUACAAGUGGAUAUUUGGAUAGAAGACCUUAGUGUACCAAAUAAGAAAGGUGGUAUUUAAAGUAUGUAAAUUGGAUAUAAAGUUCUGCUCUUUUAAAGAGUUGAUCUUAAGAGUAUGGCUAAACAUCUACAUAUGCAGUCUAUUAAAAAAAAACAAUUUGGCUAUUAUGUCUUGAUUCAAUUGCAGUUUUGUUCCUAAUUAUAUAUAAUUUUCCCUUUCAUUGGCCUGUUUUUAUCCUGCACCAAGAAAAAGUGCAAGAUGCACACUUAAAAUUUGACAUUUAACACCUGCCGGCUCUCCUUUCCCUGUGUCCUCUACCCUCUUGAUGAUUGUGGUAUCUGAUCUUAACUAUAUGGGCUGAAGGCACGUGGUUCCUUCCCAAAACCACUACUGAUACCACUGCAAAACCAAGCCAGCAGCAAGACAGUGUAGAGAGGUUGGCUUGCUUCCCUCUCUUCCUAACUGCAUGUUCAAAAAUAAGCCUUUAUUGGUCUUUAAACAUCUAUCAGAUGAGUCAUACAUGGGUUAUUUUUUAUAUACAUGUAUUCACAAUAUUUUGAAUUGAAAGCAACAUUUCAAUUGAUUCAAAACUAUUACAUGCUGUUGUCUAAAACAGAUUAGAAAAUUUAUAACUGUAAAAAUGAAAUGCACAUAUUGAUAUUUAAAAUGCAUAAUUAAGAAAACUUGUUGGUGUUGUGUUUUUCUUGUAUACCAGUACUUAAGCCACUAUUGUUGGCAGUGUUUAGUUUUCUAUUUUAACACUGUAGGAAUGAAAGUAUUUCCCAAUUUAUGAAUUUAUUACUAAAAUUUCAGCAAAAAGAAAAAACUGUCUAAAAUGUAUGGGUAAAAACUGUUAAUCAAGUGUUUCUACUCCCCACCCUCAUGCCCAUGCUGGAUACCAACUGUGUACCCUAGGUUGCUUAAAGGAAUUUCAUUAUAAUAUAAAAUCAAUAAAAUGGAGUAGUUGUAUAUAUGCAA